ACAGUGGAGUAGUGGCCGGAUUUGGAGGUGGAGCUCAGGUUUAAAGGAUUCCCCCUAGAGAAAGUAGAGUAACACACACAUUCGCUGGAAGUUAUCGUAGAUGAUUAUCCUGACUACUUUUUUUUUUUAAAUUUUUUUAUAACAUCCACGAUAAGACGAUGUUUUCUAAAGCAACCAGGAAAUUUGUGAAUGAGAUUGACCCAGACGGCUGUUUAAUCCCCGUCUCCCGGCUAAAUGAAUCAGAUAAUCUGAGUGUUGUUUCGGUGGUAAUCAAGCGGAAUCCGUCCUGGUUCUGGCAGAAACCCAAGUUCAUUCCCACAGACUUCACCUUGAACGACGUCCUACUUGGGGAAGAUCCUAUAGAACCAGGUCUCAUCGAAACAGACUUUUUAAAAUAUAAUGGUACAAUUGAAAACAGUGAGACUGGAAAUGCUGAAGCAAAUGUCGGUCCUGCAAAAAUGAAUAUCGAGGGAAAAGGAUUACACAAAAUGGCAUCCUCAUUUGGGAGCCUUACAAAGCAAGAAGUGGAUGUUCAGAAACUUCUAUGUGACACUAAAAAUAGAUGCCUGGAUUUACAGCACUCCCUGUUGAAGCAGGUACUGCAGCGGGGGAACGACGUGUUCGCGCUGGUCAAGGAGCGAAUAAUAACCACCCAGACCUGCACAGUUACUGAAACAGUUCAGGAAGGAGGAAGCUGCACAUCCUUUCUUGGACUCACUGUUCCCAAGAAGAUUCAGGUUUCAGUAAAGAAUGGCAGCCUUCAUUCUGACAGUAAAGUAUCAAUAGAAAUCCCGGCUAAAACGGCCCUGGCUUACAGUUUAAUGGAACUCAACGUGAAGAGCACCGGCCAAUUUGAGCUGUGCCUGCUGCCAGACACCUAUGGAUACACUGAGGUAGAUGGCUUGAACAGUACAAAUGCAACACUGCUCAACACCAUGCCAAAUGAAUCACCAGUCCAAAAGCUACAGCAAGAGUGGAAUAAGUUGCAGAUAGAUUUUGAGGUGCUUUCAGGACUCCCUGCCAGUACACGCUCACUUCUCUUUCCACAAAUCACUCUCCUCCUGAAGGACAAGGCAGCCAUCAGAACCCUGGACUUUGCACUGAGGGAUUUGAUUGAAGGUAGGAAACCUGAUCUGUCCUCACUGGACAAUUUGCCUUCUCUGAAAAAAGCAGCACAGACUACACUGGAGUUGUUCAAGGAGACAGAAGGUGCAGGCCAUGAGCCUUUGGAAAGAGUCACCAUUGAACAACAUUUAGAGCCGUCUGCCCUCACUGCCAUCAACAUCCUCACCAGUGCAUUAAAGGAGAUGACCGAAUCAACCUUGAGUUUGCUCGGGUCCUGCUGUAGCUGCACCACCAUACAGGCACUGCAGCAGCUGGUGCGAAAUGUUCUGGGAAAUACAGAGUGCUCCCUGAAGGAUAGCACUUUGGCCCCAUUGGCUGAAAAGGACACUUAUUGUAAAGUACAAGAGCUGUUUGGGUCCUUCAAUGUGUUGCUGUCCAAAGAGGAGGAAUUAAUCCAAGUUCAAAUCAGCAACCAGCAAGAGGCUGUUUCUCCAAGUCUGUGCAUUGCCAUCUUUGGUUUGGCCUCAUUAUCAACCGCCUAAGUGUGAGGACGAGACAGACUGCUGGUGGAAAACAGAAGAAUAAUCUCAAUCUCUCUCUCUUUCUGUUUCUUUCUUUCUCGGAGUGGAAUAAGUGUGUAUACAUAUGUAAAUAUACAAUGUAUACAUUGUAAAUAUAAGUGCAGGGUAUACUUUAUUUUAUCCCAGGACUACUUCAAAAAGUGAGAGGAAGCUUUGGAACAAAAUUUGUUUCGGACAUUUGAGCUUGUCCCUGUUUAGACCAAUUCCAAAAUCUCAACUGUUCACAUCUGCUGCUCAAGAGGAUAAUGUCACAUUCCUCUUUUGCUCACUGCUGACUCAGCGCACAAACCCAAUUUAAUCACUCCAUAAAGAUAAUCAAGUAAUUGGCAAUUAAAGGAUUAAUAAUGAAGGGGGGGGGGCAUGGUGGCUUAGUGGGUAGCACGUUCGCCUCACACCUCCAGGGUCGGGGUUCGAUUCCCGCCUCCACCUUGUGUGUGCGGAGUUUGCAUGUUCUCCCCGUGCCUUGGGGGUUUCCUCCGGGUACUCCGGUUUCCUCCCCCAGUCCAAAGACAUGCAUGGUAGGUUAAUUGGCAUCUCUGGAAAAUUGUCCGUAGUGUGUGAAUGCGUGAGUGAAUGAGAGUGUGUGUGUGCCCUGCGAUGGGUUGGCACUCCGUCCAGGGUCUAUCCUGCCUUGAUGCCCGAUGACGCCUGAGAUAGGCACAGGCUCCCCGUGACCCGAGAAGUUCGGAUAAAGCGGUAGAAAAUGAAUGAAUGAAUAAUGAAGGGGUGGCUUGGAAUCGAUCAGUAAAAACUUACUUGGUUAGAGUACUUUGUGGAGGCAAAUUGAAAGCAGCAGGCAUGGGUUUAGAUGAAAAAACAUUGGCACAACCAAAAUAUUUUUAUUUCUUACAUAUUUACAUCCUAUAUAUGUCUCAUGAAUUGCUCAAUGAGAUCAGGUAUGAUUUCAGUGACAAUAGAGAAAAACAUGACAAAACACACCUAUUUUUUAUUUACCAUUAAAUUGUAUUUCAUAUUCUUUGAAGAUGUAUUAAUAAAUAAAAUGUAUUUUUUCAUGA